UAAAACCCUAAACCCUUCUCCACACAGUCCCCUUCAGUUCCGUUCCCGCUGAGCUUUUACCAGAAGCAGCCAUGGCCUCAAUCCUCUCCAAGAAGCAGAAGCAGAAGCAAAAAGCCACCAAGCUUUCCGACCUCAAAACCCUAGGGAACGAGCUCCUCUCGUCUCGGGCCCACAUCAACAACCUCCCCAAGCUCCUCUCCUUCGUUUCCCCGGCCUCGCCGCCUCAGUAUAUCGUCGAGUCCCUCCUCUCUCUCCAGUCAUUCUUCACCCCUCUCCUCCCCGACCUCCCUCCCUCCUCCUCCAAGCCCUCCGCCUCCGAUGGCUCCCACGACGACCCCGACUUCAUAUACCGAACCUGUCUCCGCUCCAAGUUCGACGAGCUCGUUGAGGUCCUCGUCGAAGUCCUGCUUUCUACGCAAUCCGAUGAAAUUCUCAAGGAGGUGGUGUUGGACACGAUAAUGGAGUUUGUGAUGUUCGGAAAUGGCGGAAAGUUUCACUCUGCAAUGUACCAUAGGCUGCUUCGUAGUAUUGGAAGUUGUAUUGAUUCUCCAAAAGCUUAG